AUGGCAGAAUGUGCAGAAUGCACGGUGGGGAAGUCUGGAGAUGCGGAUGCAUGGCCGUCUCUCACGUGUGCAGAUGACUCGGUUAUUGUUAGUCGGCUUCAGGACAAUGAGAUCACCCACGGCCAGGUCAUCGACGACUUUGUCAAGUGGUAUGAGGAGUUCUAUCUCCAGUUAAACAUAUUGAGGAUUGUGUUGCUGGAGAAGAAUGUGUUGGAGAAUAACAGAGUGGCAUUUGAGACUGAAUCUCCUCCAGUUUCAGUAGAUCAUCACACUGAGAGAGCCAGAGGACAGGUGGAGGGAAGACCCAUCACAACCAUCAACACCCCUGACCUGUUUCAUCCUCAACUCUCACAUCAUCAGCUCUCAGUGGCAGUGGAAGAGUGUGUGUAUCUGUCUGAUCCAGGACCUCAUGCAUUUAUACUGGAGCUGCAGCCUGACAACUUCACAGAGGAGAGCAGAAAAAACAGCUGUUACCUGAGCAGUGUGUUCACCUACGACUGUGUGACAAAGCACAGAGACAACUACAUCAUUAAAUUUACAGAUGGCCUCAUCAGCAACAGUGAUGGGGGCACCUACCAGAGGGAGUCUUUGGAACAAUGUGUCGUGUCUCUAGCUCUUUCGACAGAGACUGGGGUGCUGCUCAUGGUUCAGGGCAGGAUGGUGGCCAGUGGUCAGGGCAAGGGGGGGCCCUGGGACGGCGACAGUCGGGGCGCUUCCAGAAGUGGGUUGUUGCUGCCAGGGGCUCUCCUCCCUCCGGGCUGGGAGGAGCAACCCCAGUGGUGGUUGCGUCGGCCAGACAAUAUUUUAGGUUUGGAUGAACAAACUGUCAGGAAAACCACUGUGGGCGUCUUUGGAAUGACAGGAGAUGGUAAAAGCUCCCUGAUAAAUGCAAUCUUGGGUAAAAAGUUUUUGCUUCCAUCUGGGACGGGUGGCGCUUGCACUUCAGUCUGCGUACAAGUGGAGACAAACAUGACAGAUGUCAGAUACACGGCCGAGAUAGAAUUCAUCUCAAAAAAGGAGUGGGAAGCGGAUCUAAAGGAUCUUCUGGCUGUUUUACGUGAAGAGGAAGAGGAACCUGAGGAAAGUGACAUAGUCCAGACAGCAAAGGAAAAAAUCUCAGCGGUUUUUGGAGAGGAGGCUGUUCAGAGAAGCUUUGAGGAACUCAAACAUGAUGACCAGUAUUCACGCAUUGUUGAGUUACUCACAUCCCCCUCAAAAAGGGUUUCAUGUCGUUCAGCUUCAAAGCUCUCUGAUGAAAUCAGAUGCUUCAUUAAAAAUGAUGACUCAAAUCUGGGAGGAUGUUACUGGCCACUGGUGAAGAGAGUGACGGUCAAAGUGCCAGACUGUGGAGAUAUUCUAGAGAACAUUACAUUAGUUGAUAUUCCAGGAAAUGGAGACUACAGCAAGACUAGAGACCAGAUGUGGACAAAGAUAUUGAGAAACUGCUCCAUUGUAUGGAUUGUAUGUGAUAUUGAUAGAGCCACAUCUAAAAAGGAGGCCUGGGAGAUCCUGAAUAGGAGUCUAACAGAUAUGGCACAGGGAGGAGAAUGCACCACCAUCAACUUCAUCUGCACAAAAACCGACAACAUUGACACCAACUUAUACAUGAGAAACUCAAAAUUAGAAGAUGGAGAUCUAAAAAUCACUAACAAGGACCAGAGGAAACGAGCAUGCACAUUACACAGAAACAGAGUUUCCAAGGAUAAAGUGAAAAAGACUUUUGAAAAACAGGGCAAAUUCAUGGUAUAUUGCCCUAUUCAAGAUGAACAGAUCUUUGUGUUCACAGUAAGUUCUCAGGAAUACUUUGAAGAGGAUUCAAUUCUGAAGCAAGAGGACACAGAGAUUCUAGAGCUCCAAGAUCUUCUGAGGACUCUGAACAGGAGUCACUCCAGAAGAGUGGCCACACAGUAUUUGUCAAGGGCCAGUGGUCUCCUCUCUCUGAUUCAUGCAUCCAAUUGUAACCACACAGAGAGGAAACUUUGUUGUGAACUGGAAUCAAGACUCACUGAAGGGGCUGAGAAAGCAGAAAAUCAGAGUGUCAAAAUGGUUCAGAAGAAUGUGAAUCCACCAAGAGGCACAGAUGGCAGGAGAUACCACAAGACUUUAACCGCCCUGUGCAAAAACAAAGGAUGCUUCAGGUCAAGGAAUGGAGAGACAAGAGACCUGAACAAGUCUUUGGCUGCAGCGAUGUAUGACUGCAUUAACGAGAAGUUUCAUCUCUUUUUCCCAAAUGAAGAGAAAACUGGGCAGUCAGUGCGUGAAAAAAUUGAUGAAUUCAGCAUCAUUUCCAGUCCAGUUAUUAUGGAGUACAAACACUCUCCAGUGAUGGGUCACAUCCUGAACUUUCUAAGAACAGAGGAAAACAAGCUGAAAGAGGACCUUCAAAGAGACCUUCUUGAAGAAAAGAAAAAACUCUACGCAUCACUCACAGAUGUCAUCAAAGAAAAAAUGAUUGUCUGUUAUAAAGAGGCUGCAGAACACACAGGAACCGGGUCAAUGAAGAGGAAGCAGGACGUGUUGCAAAAUCACGUUGAGUCAGAAAAACACAGCAUGUUCAAAGACGCGAAAAAGAUAAUGCUGGAUUCAUUGAACAAACUGACGGAGCACAUUGAGAGAGAGCUGGCGGAGAAACUACAGGAGUCUAUGGCUCAUUCACUUACUGAAUGGAACACCAUAUCCAACAUUGAUGUCACUGAAGAAAUUGAGGAGAUGAAGGAGUUAUCUCGUAUGUUGGAUGAAGACCAGACUUAA